UGGAGUCAGUUGGAUAGAGAGAGAGAGAAGGAGAGAGAGAGAGAGGGAGAGACAGGAAGAGCCACCAAAAAAGGACUGCAGACAGGACAGUCUUGACAGACACUGAAGAGGAAAAGCAGGGAAAAGUUAGGAAAAGAGCCAGGGCAAGGAAAAAAAGAAGGAGAGGAAGACUGUGUUCUUCUGUCAGCUGGACAGGCAAGGAGGGAGACAGAGAUAGGGAGAGAAGGAGAGAGAGAGAGAGAGAGAGAGAGAGAGGCCAAAGCCGACCGUGGACCUGAGCGAGCGUGACGGAGCGACAGAGAGGAGGAGGUGCAGAGAGCGGGAGAGCCGGGCCCCAUGCGGGCCCUGCGGAGCGGCUGAGCCUGGGGGACAUGUCCGCGGGCAGGGACCCUCCGGAGCCGGCCUCACCGGGCCCCGUGGGGCUCCAGACCCUGCUGGACCUGCUGCUGGGAGUGUACCGGGAGUUCCAGGCCUCGCCCUUCAGCAGGGAGAAGUUUGUCUCCGGCUUCCUCACGUGGGCCGAGCCCCUGGUGAGAGAGGCGAGGAGGACGCGAAUGCAGAGGGAAGACUUUGACAUCCUCAAGGUGAUUGGCCGCGGGACCUUCAGUGAGGUUGCCGUGGCGCGCCUGCGCAGCACGCAGCAGGUCUACGCCCUGAAGGUCCUCAACAAGUGGGACAUGCUGAAGCGGGGGGAGACAGCCUGUUACCAGGAGGAGCGGGAGGUCCUGCUGAAGGGGGAUCCACUCUGGAUCACAAAGCUGCACUACGCCUUCCAGGACGACAACUACCUGUACUUGGCGAUGGAUUACUAUGUGGGCGGAGACCUGCUCACGCUGCUUAGUAAGUUUGGGGACCGCUUCCCUGAGGAAAUGGCCCAUUUCUACCUGGCUGAGAUGGUCAUGGCCAUCCAGUCUGUCCACAGGCUGGGCUACGUGCACAGGGACAUCAAACCUGACAAUAUCUUACUGACGGUGGAGGGCCACGUGCGGCUGGGGGACUUUGGGUCCUGCCUGAGGCUGCGGGAGGAGGGAAUGGUGUACUCGUCUCUGGCGGUGGGGACUCCAGACUACCUGUCCCCCGAGAUCCUGCGGGCAGUAAAGGGCGGUGGAGGGUAUGGGCCGGAGUGUGACUGGUGGGCACUGGGCGUCUGCGCCUUCGAGAUGUUGUUUGGGACCACGCCCUUCUACGCAGAGUCUCUCACAGAGACCUACGCCAAAAUCAUCCACUUCCAGGAUCACUUUGAGUUCCCGUGCUCCAGCUCAGAGGUGUCUGCAGAGGCGCGCUCCCUCAUGGCGGGGCUAAUCUGUGAGCGGGAGCAGCGUCUGGGCUCCAGGGGCUGGGAGGACUUCGCUCACCACCCCUUCUUCUGUGGUCUGGACUGGGCUUCCCUGCACCUCCUCCCUGCCCCCUUCCGGCCCGAGAUCUCCGACGCCACCGACACCUCCAACUUUGACGUGGUGGAUGACUGCCUCAACGACAUGGAGACACUGUGUGAUGUGAUGGACAGGGUGCCUCUGGGGGUCCACCUGGCCUUUGUUGGCUUCUCCUACAUGGCAACCAGAGAAACUGGUGCUGAGGACCACAGCCAUGACAUCAUGAUGGAGAUUGAUAAUCGGCCAAUCAGAGAUUGCAAACGGCUACUGUUCCAAGAGAAUCGGAAUGAGGCAUGGCAGCUGAGUGAGAACCUGCAGGCCACCCUGCCUACCGUGCCGAAGCUCCCCCUAGAGGUGGGACAGGGUACUGCGGAAUCUCCACACUGUGCGGAAGAGACAAGCCAGGGCUCUGGACAUACUCCGGGUCCAGACAGGAGACUGCAGGAGGCAGAGAGGAGGAACCGCGAGAUAAAGGAAGAGAUGGAGAGGCUGAGGGCAGAGAUAAAGACCCUGAGGGACGUCAGGGAGACGGGGCCGAACGUCUGCCUGCCACGCUCUUCUCUGCGUCCGGACCCCGCGGGGGACGUAAGCCGCCUUUUUCCUCCUGUCUCCGCUGUCUCUGCACACACUCUAUGUCUUCCCAAUGGUGGGGCCCCUAUGACACCCCCCCCCCCCAAAAAAAAAGUCAUGCAUACAUCUGCAGUGAAGCUCAGCACAUGCAGCCAUGGUUGCUCCCUCCCCUGCGACCAGCCCCCAUCCCCAUUUCGUUUUCUGCACAAUCGUCCCGGCAUGACCCUUCACCCGCUCCAUGUGUUCACAGGGAGCGACAGCGCCCCCCGCCUGCCGUUACCCACUGGUCAUCCCUCUGCUACGUCACCUGCAGCUGUUCCACAGGGUGCGCUGGCCCCAUGUGGUGUGUGAGGGUUACCUGCUGGUGUGUGCAGAGGGAGAGGAGCUGCAAGCCUGGAGCAGAAAGUGCAGUGUGGACCUCUCCUGAAGUCCUGAGCCCCCAAAACCGUGCCUUUCCGGAAGGUUCUCUGGAGGGACCAGUGACACUGAGCAGAGGAGAUGGGCAUCUGGGAGUAGACCCUGGGGGAUCCCUGGGCAAUGGGACUGACCCCCUACGUCCCAGCAACCCCCUAAAAGUGGCAGGAUGACCCGUCCCUUCUCCCCCCCUAAUAGUUAGUUCAGUGCAAACUAUUUAAAGAGGAGAAUAGUUUUACAUGACUGAAUACAGACAGGCAUACAGAUAUCUGAGGAGAGACUAGCAAGUUGACCUCUGAGGAUACGCUGACAGACAGACGGACAUAGUGGACUGGGGGGGGUCUUGAGUGGCCUUCAAACGCAGGGGCUUUCAGCUGUAGGACGGAAGAGUGGGGUCAAAUCCCGAAAGAGACACUACCAAUUUACCUUAAAUCUGCCAUUGGACAUGUAAAUCACCUUGAAAGGGGAUGAGUUCUAUAAGUGAUGUCAUACAGGGUAGCUGACAACUGAAGACUUUCCAGUGAAGGCUAAUUUUGCCUUCAGAUAUUUUCAUGUUCACUCUGAUUGUUCCAGUAACUUGUGCAUCUGAGCAUGUGAGGUUGUUGCAUACUGUUUUUUUUGUUUUUGUUUUUUUGUUUGGAUUUGCACACUGAUCGCUGCACUAAAUGUUACCUGGCUUUAAGGGUCUGCCUUGAUGCACAGACGGCUGUACAGACAGAGUGAGUGAGUGAGUGAGCAAGUGAGAACUGAAUGGAGAACUCCAGAAGAGAACUGGUGUGUACUACAGCAUUUGGGUGAAAUAAAUGUGUGCAGUACAUUAGUCUGUGAAAAAUAUGAAAAUAACAUUAAUCUGUUCUACCUAGUAAAAUAUUUUGUAUCAUCUAUUUUUUUGGAGAGGUUUCGUGUUUGAUCUUAAAACAUGCCAAAUAAAACAUUCAGAGGA